AUGCCUCAACCAUCCCAAUCUCGUGUCCCCGCAGCAGGACCAGGCGGACUGCAGCCACCCCAACCCACUAGAACACUUCGCAGAUUCCAAUCACACCAGAGCCUAUCGACAUAUUCAAAUAGCUCGGUCUUAGGAUCCCGACCUCCGAUUUCCCGAAAUGCAACCGCCAUUAACACUCGGGAUGUUUCAGAGCAGCAGGCACCUCAUCAACCAGCAGCUUCUGCAACCACGCCAGCACCUACUCAUGGCCGUGGGAGAUCGAAUAGUGACGUUACCGGGGCGGCACCUGGAGGUGCACAACCACGCAAGCGACCGAGUAUAAAUCGGAAAUCAGGAUCAAUUGGCUACCUUACCAGACGUUCUGGCCUCGAAAAUCUGUUGAGGGAAGGACCGCCAAAUAAUAAUAUAGCAAUUGGGCUUGAGGAGUUGCGAUACCUGAUUUUAUCGACUAGAGUUGACGCAGAUAACGAUGGAAUGUCAACCCAUCGGAUAUAUAUCUGGCUGGCCCUCCUAGAUAUUCCUCCCUUACCCACGGACGAAUAUCUCUCCCUAGUUCACCGUGGCCGGUCCCCAGCAUAUACCAAGAUCCGUAACGAUACAUUCCGGACUCUAGCAACUGAUCCAUUAUUCAAACGGAGGGUGACGGAAGCAAGUCUCAUACGGCUUCUCAACGCAGUAGCGUGGAAAAUCCAUGACUCGAAAAAUACAUCUUCUUCUCACCAGAUUUCUUCCUCGCAGCAGUCAAGUUCAAGGAGGACGUCCUCCAUCUUCCUCCCAGAUAUCCAGGCUGCUGCUGAUGGCCAAGGAUCAAACUUAUCAGAUUCAGCUGCAAUAUAUGUUCAGGGAAUGAAUGUGUUGUGUGCGCCUUUUUUGUAUGCUUCACGGAGUGAGGUGGAAGCAUACGCGUUAUUCCACCAUUUUAUCACUGUCGAAUGCCCUGGAUAUGCGAGAAGCACCAUGGACGGAGUCCACAAGGGCGUAAAACUGGUAGAUCGGUGUUUGGAGGUUGUUGAGCCAAAGUUAGCGAAUCACUUGUUCAGCAAGGGAAUGUAUGCUGAACUGUAUGCUUUUCCAUCCGUUCUUACGCUAUGUGCUUGCACGCCACCUCUACCAGAGGUUUUACACCUUUGGGAUUUUCUUUUUGCCUAUGGACCGCAUUUAAAUAUAUUAUGUAUUGUUGCACAACUGAUUAGGAUGAGAGAUGUCAUCCUGGCAAGUCCAAGUCCAAACAAAAUUCUCCGGUCAUUCCCACCUAUUGAUGCAAAAGAAACAAUUGCUUUGACAGUUUUGGUUGUGCAAAAAAUCCCUUCAGAUCUUUAUGAAGAACUACUUUUGCAUGCAAAAUAA